CUAGUCCGUAGUCCGGUUUCUCUUGUUCGCAACCGCGGACGUCGAUUGUCAUGCGUUGCAGAACGAAAAACAUUUGUUUUAUCAGACGGAUAUGUUAUCAACCCACUUUUCUAGGAGUGUAAUUGAGCCAUUGUACAGAAAUCACAUUUAUUUGUGCUUCAAUCUCAUGAUAGUCAUUGCCACGUCCUUAGUAUUGUGAUUUUGGAACUGGCUGAUUGUGACUGAUUGGAAUAUAAUGAGCGGCUGCGGCUUGUUGGUUUCGGUGAUCAAAACCCUUGAUGCCAGUGAAACCAAUGAGCAGCGGGAACGAGAGAAGCAGAAAAUCGAGAAAGAGUUCCGGAAAACCGAUCAGAGGUUGAAUCAACUGGUUUCUCGUAACGAUGGGGAUCUCACACGGGUUAUGCAGCUGUUCGGCAAAGUGUCGACACAGAUCACCAGCUCCCGGGAAAAAAUUCAUGUGGUCAAAGAGAACUUGCAAACGUGUAAACAGUUGUUGCGUUGUCGGCGGGAAGAAUUGAAAAAGCUCUAUACCGAUGCUGUGCAGCACAAGUACGUGCUGGAAAUGCUGGAUCAGAUCAACGAACUUCGUAGAACUCCUCAACAAUUGGCUUCGUUCAUGGGAAAGAAACACUAUCUUCAUGCAACGAAGCUCCUGAUGUCGGCAAUUGAAAUGACUGAAGGCCCGCUGAAAGACGUGGAAGGGCUGAACGAUCUACGGCAGGAUUUUCAAAACAAAAGGCAACAACUGUACGGAAAACUGCUAGACGAACUGAACAAACAUCUGUACGUUUCCAGUACAGCAGAAGUACUACAGAACUUCCAACGGCAGAGUUCAGGUCGAAACAGUCAGUACGCAAACAGUACAGCGGCUUCACCGUUUCAACGGAACGUUUUACGGCGGUCCGCUGAACGAAUGGAAGCAAACACGAAGGCUAGAAAAGCAUUGUUUGAAAUUGCACAGAAUGGCUACCUCGAUGUCGACAAGAGCGAAAUCAUCGAAGAUACGGACUUACUCGAUCCGGAUGUCAAUUCCACCUAUUUCAUAGGCAUCAUCAUUGAGUGCUUUGCGUUGCUGAAUAAAGUGCCUGAAUCGAUAGAAUCUAUAAGAGUACAAAUGCAAAGUGAACUCCUGGCUAUUGUUACGAGAUCUACUUAUCACAUUAUCACACUAAACCAGCAGCAACAGCAGAUUCAACAUCAGCCUCAGUUUGGAAAUUCAACGACAACCACUGAAGACACUUCUUCUGAGCAAACCAUUCCCAUUCUUGAGCUACUGGAUGUUGUUUUCAAGCAGUUUAAGCUAAUUGCUAAUGCCCAUCAGUUGACGCUGAAAAACUAUCACAACGUAAUGCACCGCUAUAAUCUGUCACAAGUAAAGGCGUACGAUUUGAUCGAAUAUUGGGGCCAGGCUCAGGCUGUGUUAAAACUAGUGUUGACCGAUUAUCUGGAUAUACAGAAUGACAGUAGUGAUGAGUUGAUGCGAGCGCAGUUCACCGAACAGACGACCAACAUCAACACAUUCUUCAGCCGCCGCAAGUUACAGGGUAAGAAGAUGCUGUUCAAAUUCGACAAGUCUUCCCAUACGGCGUUGCUGGAGCCGGACUCUGGCACAAAAGAGCACCGUCGCAAUCCAUCGAAUGUGUCGAAUAGUGCGGCCAAAGACGAAGCUCUCAACCAGUCCCUAGGAAAUGGCCGAGAUUUGUUGAAUUCUAGCUUCAGCAAUAAACAGGCUGUUGUACCUCACGGUUCGGAACGGAAGAAACAAGAACGAUCACUAGUCUGCACGCCAGAUGCUGCACUUGUGCGACAGAUUUAUCUACCGAUGAUGGGUUAUAUUCAUGAGAUAGAAGGAUUUAUGAAGUGCAAAUCAGGACAAUUGUGCAGCUUGAACACUUUUCUGGCUAAUUACGUGAAAGAUGCUUACUUAGCGAGAGGUCACAACCGUAAUCUGCAGCUAACGAUCGAAUCUUUAUCGAAAACACAAGAUGCUUGGCGUUCAAUUAUUACACCGGAGGAGAUGAAGCGACUUGGAUUGACGAGACCUUUACUGCAAAAUACAGUUCUCGUAGAAAGCCGAAUCUCUGAAACUAAGAAACUCAUUCUUGAUCUACCAACAUAUUCAGAUGAACUGCUCAAAAUGGUAUGUUCACUGUUGAAAACAUAUCGUGAAACGUGUCAAGCUGCUUACCGGGGUAUCGUGCAGCCGGAAACGGAAGACAAACGAAUUUACAGUGUAGCGUGGUUGAAAGAUGACGACAUCACAAGGUUUCUGAAAUCUCUUCCCAAUUGGACCGAUCUUAAAACGUCCAAUAUUCGUCAUAAGCAGCAAUCGGGCCAAAAGCGACUUAUCAAGGCGGAACCAUCCGAGGAGGAAAGUCCAACGGCCGUUCAGCAGCGGAACGUCCGCGAAGCGGAAAUGCUGACCAGCAAUUUGGGUGAAGGAGGCAUUUCGCAGCAGGAAAUUCUCUCGGAUGUUGGUGUACUAAAAGAGUUGGCUAUCCUGCAGGAAAGUAUGGAAUGGUUUGCCAACCGGAUCACGGACUUCGCUAACGAGUUGCGAAAGCCAAUCGUCAAUGGAAUGUUGACUGGUGGGGGUUCCAGUUCGUCGCCGGUUGUUAUCAAAGAUGGUAUGAUUAAGGUGUUGAUUAAUUUGGCUCUGGAAUUUGAAGAGCUGGCCAACACCUGCCUGCUGGUGUUGCAUUUAGAGGUACGCGUACAGUGCUUCCACUAUCUUAAGUCCAAUCCUUCGGAUAAGUUCAAGCCGAACAAUCCGAACAAGAACGAUUCGCUUGAACCGGAUGCGAAGGUGCUAAAGCUGACGAAAGUGCUAUCCGAUAUGGAUGAAGCACUGAGUUUGACGUUACAUCCGAGGAAAACUAAGUAUGUGUUCGAAGGUCUAGCUCAUUUAGCUUCCCGAAUUCUGGUUAUGACAGCCAAUUCCAUGGAGUAUAUCGACCAUGCUGGAGUGCAACGCAUGUGUCGUAACGCAUUAGCUCUGCAGCAAACACUCAGUAGUAUCACCGCUUCUCGGGAAGUGGCACUCGACUAUGCUAGGUCCUUUUAUGAAAUGUUUUACCUUGAUCCAGAUGAAAUUUUAACCUCAAUAAUCGAAAAAGGAACGCAAUUUACCGAGAUGCAGUAUCUGAAUGCGUUGCAUUUGGUCUGCAAAAACCGAGGUAUUACUGACCAGAAUACUCUGGUCAUGUACCAGCAAAAGUUGAGUGACGUUCUCGGAACAAAACCUGCGCUUGGAGUCACUGUUUAAUAAGUAGAUAUUACGGUAUUUAUGAAAUCUUGUGUAGUGACCAAAUGUAGGUGAAUAUUGUUGCUAAUGAUGUUACUGCGGUUAGCAGAAGAUAUAGAUACAUUAUUAGAACGCUUAAAAGCAGCACACCCUGCUGCGAUAAGCUGCGUCAAAUUAUUUGUUGCAAUUGGAGGAUAUUUAGAGGUGUUCAUUGUAAACGACUGUUCGCAGAAUGCAACAAGCUCGACUACAAUUAUUUCUGCGUUUUUAAAAUCAAUUGAAAUGAUCUUUUUUUGGAACAAUUAAACCUUAUUGGUUUAAAACUUUUCGCGAAAUAAUUUAUUCAGUUUACAGGUUUAUUUAUUUAUGCGUGUUUAACUCCUCUGAGAGAAAAAUGGCUGAUGCAAAUAAUGUUAUUUGUAGAUUACAAGUUUCAACAAAUAUAAUAGGACAUUGAAA